AGAAACCAAAACAAACAUGAAUCUAUUGAUGUUGAUGAUAAAUCUUUAUCAAUAAUUAUAAUUAUAAAAAAUGGCUAAAAAAGAUGAAGAAGAACAGAGAAAAAUUCUGGCAACCACAAAAUCAGUGCCAUCAAGUGAUGCUAGGAAAUUAUUAUUUUCUACCGAUGAAAGUCUUGAUGAUGAUUAUGAAAUUGAUUUGGAUGAAGAUGAAGAUGAACAGCAUAAAGCACCAUUGAUUAAAGAAUCGAAACUUCAAUUUACGACAAAAUCAUCACAUAAUAAGAAAAAGAAAUCGGUCAAGUUUGAAUGUAAUGGCAAAUCAAACUCAAUUGAAGAUGAUGACGAAAUGACUUCGUUAUCGAGGUCGAAACAUUCGUUAAACACUCCGCCACCAAUAACAAUCGGUAAAAUCAAAAUCUUUAAACCUUCACGCCGUCAUCGAAUGCUGCGUAUUCGUCGUUUUUUAAAACAUUGUAUCAGUUUAGCGUUUUGUAUAGCAUUCCUAUUGUUUUUGCUAUUGAAUGCAAAAAAUCUACCAGAUAUCAUACGUUCUGCUUUUGGUAUUCAACCAUUUUCAUCCAUCAUUAGUAACAAAGAUAAAAGUAUUAUAUGUGAUCAUAUCGUGACCAAAUCAAUAUGGCAGCAAAAUUUUCCAAUGUUGACCAUUGAAUCGGCGUUACGUUUAGUCGAUGUUAACAAUGAUACAUAUCUUGAUGUUAUCGUGCCAUUUGGAACCGGAAUUGACGCAGCUUAUUAUGAUGAUACUUUGUGCCAGAUAUAUUUCAAUCAGACACAGGAAAAAAGUAAAACGGUAGGAUGUGGUGGUGGAGUUAUGGCAUUAGAUGGAACGAAUGGAGAACCGAUUUGGGCACAAUAUACACCCCAUGAAAUGUUCGCUUCAAAUUGCAAUGGCGAUCUUAACAAUGACGGAGUCAAAGAUUGUAUUAUUGGUGGCCGAAUGGCUUCACUUUAUGCAUUUGAUGGUCGAACUGGCCAAGUUUUAUGGAAAAUUACUUCAAGUUUUGGAGAGCCAAUCUCAGAAACUUCCAAUUUCUACACUCCAUUGAUGAUACCCAAAGAUAUUGAUAGCGACAAUGUUCCCGAGAUAGUGGUCAUGCAUGGAGGUGAUCCUUUGCGCAAACCAAAUCAACGUGUGCGAAAUGUUGCUCGUUUGAUGGUUAUUUCUGGAAAAACUGGCCGAAUAUUGAAAUGGAGUUAUGUUCCAAAUAAUGCCGAAAGCUAUUACUCACCACAAUUAUUAGUACAUCCAGAUGGAACUUUGUUAAUACUUUAUGGUACCGGAGGUGAAACACAUCCAGGUGGUUUAUACGUUGUUGGAUUAGACGCAUUACUUAAUGGGCAGAUUGAACAUAAUUCACGAGCAAUUUAUCAGGAUUGUUGCAAAGGUGUCAUUGCACCGCCAGUUUUGAUUGAUAUAAAUGGUGACGAUGUUCUCGAUAUCAUUCUUGCCAAUUUUAAUUCAACCGUAUUCGCUUUUGAUGGUUUUACUUUUGAACAGAUUUGGAAGCAUGAACUUCCUGGAUCAGAAACCUACUGCACUCCCUCGAUUGGCUAUUUCAACGAAGAUGAUGUACCUGAUUUUGGUGUCAUUUAUCAAUUUGGCCCAGGUUUUCCUAUUUAUUAUUACUCAGAAUUUCAUAUUCUUGAUGGACGAAAUGGAAAAUCUUUGAUUGACAAUCCAAUACGAAUGUCCAUAGGGACUCAAUCUUCUCCAUUAACAGUUUCAACUUUAGCUAGAAAUGAUAUGUUUUUGUUUUGGUAUUCUUCGUGCACUAACUCUUCCCUGAACGGCAAUUCAACUUAUAAAAUCAUCAACGAUGAUCCUUUCCAACUAAGAUCGGAUGCUACGGUACAUGAAACAUCGCGAGCAGACUUUUGCCGCAUUAGGUAUGGUGAAAAAACGAGACAAUACACACAAUUUCUGGCUCUAACUCCACCGAAUAAUUUGGAAAAGAUUUAUGAUUCUCGAACCGAUGAGCCAGUCAUAGAGAAAUUAAAUUAUACAGAAAUAAGUUAUAAAUGGUAUCAAAGCAAACAAGUUGUACAAUCCAAUACUCCAUCUUCCUAUGAAAAUUGGGGUACUGUUACUAAUGUCAACGACGGACAACAAAUGAAUAAUUAUGGAAAUUCACCUAUUGCACAAACAUUUGAACGGUAUGACAAUGUUUUUUCUAAUCAAAACACUUUGGAUAUGCUGAAAAAAUUCAAAAAAUGGUCCAAAAAUGUACCGAGUUUUGAUAUCGGGGAAUUGAAUUUGCAACAACAGCGACGAAAAAGACAUGUUGGUCUUCACAAUGGUGAUUCUAUUCAACGAGUCAUAUCAACUGGUACAUUAGCGCCAUCAUUAAAAUCAUAUUCUGACAAUGAUCAAUUACCAGUUGAUGGCUCAAUCGAUAUUAUAUUUGCAACAUAUACAUUCCCUCCAUCUCAAAGCGUACGAUUAAUGUCCGAUGCAAUGCGAACUUGCGUUCAAAGUUAUUUAGCACAAGAAAAAGAGUUACGAUUAAUGAAUGAUGAUUCUCCAUUUAAACAAAUGAACUAUGAUCAUGACGCAUUUGAAGCGGCCAUCAACGAAAUCUGUGCAAAAAAAACUGGCGAUUAUCAACCAGCGACUAUGGUGAUGGAUGAUGAUCCAGUCAAAAGGAAUGAUUGGAUUCGUGAGAUGGGUUCGAUGACUGUCCAUCGAGUAAAUCUAAAAUGUUUCGAUAAAAUGAAACAAAAACAGAUUCCAAUCAAAGAGUACAAAUAUCAAAGAUGGCCAAGUUAUCUAGGAAUAAUGGCCGAUUCUGUUGCCAACUUUAUUGAUGAAUGAAAAUGAAAUUGAGAAAAAAUUUUAUAAUGAAAAUAAUGCACAAAUGAAUGACAAGUAACAAAUAAAUUCCCUAAUAAAAUGUGAGA